AUGGGCCUUGUGCUUUCCAGAGCUGAUAAAUGUCGUAUAGUUCCCUCAACACAGCUGCGGAGGGUUUGGCGGUUGGACAACAGCGCCCCCCCUAAGGAGGUGAAUGGUACUGCUAACCGCUCACAUAAUGACACCACUGGGCCCGCCCAGUGCACCACUGAGGAAGAGCUGCUGGUCCCUGCUCUCCCAGAGAAAGCUGAUAUAGAGAGAGGCUAUGUAACUCCACAGCAGGUUUAUAACCUGCUGAAUGCUGAAGCAGGACAACCAGCCCUCCAUGACCCAUACUAUAUCCUUAUACUGGACUGUCGUAGUGCUGAGAGGUAUAAGCAGAGUCACCUGGUGACAGCUCGAGCAAGUGUGACAGUGAUCCACCCAGAGCUGGGCUGUCUGAUCAGCUGUGUGCAGUUGCAGGAAUUCUCCAUCAUACUGCUCUAUGCUGAGGAAGGCCACAGCCCAGUUGGUAGUGAGGAGGCAAGAGCUGAUUCUCCCACACUGCAGCGUUGCUUCUUCCAGCUCAGUGCUCUGGGCAUGGACCCUGUCAUCCUCCUGGGGGGAUUUUCCGCCUUCCAUGCUCUCUAUCCUUUCCUCUGUACCCCUCGCAUGGUGCUUCUGGAGGCAGAACGCCGGGCACUUACCAUCUAUCCCUCUGAAAUCCUGGAAGGGGCGCUCUACCAGGGCUCUGCCUCCCAAGCACAGGAUUACCGUAUUGUCAAGAACCUCCACAUAACACACGUGGUUAACGCUACUGCUGAGAUCCCCGACGCGUUCCCGAGCGUUCUCCGUUAUCUUCAUCUUCGCCUCAGUGAUGAUGCACAGCAGGACCUGAGCGAGGCUCUACCUGCAGCAGCGAAAUUCAUUGCUUCGGCCUUGCGAGGUUGCCCAGAAUCGCCAGGAGGCAGGGUGCUGGUGCACUGCAGCCUCGGAAGGAGCCGUAGCUCAGUGCUAACGUUAGCUUUCCUGAUGGAGUAUCGUCGCUGGUCGUUGCUUCAUGCGUUCCGUUGGCUCAAAGAGAGGAGGGCAUGUGCAGCUCCUAACGCUGGGUUCUUACGGCAACUGUCAGAUUACGAGGCACAACUGUUUGGUCGCCGGCUCACUUCUUUAGAUGACAUACGGCUUUGA